AUGGCGGCAUCUACGUCCCGACCUCUCGAGUACCUGGAGGGUCUGCCCGGCACGACGUUCGAGCAGCUGUACCGGCAGCCCUCCACCGCCCUCGCCAUCUUUCGUCGCAUGCUGCCUGACCUGGCAAAAUGUUUCGUGAUGGCGCUGCUGUACUUGAAGGAUCCGCUUCCGAUGUCAGAUCUUGAGCUCUGGGUGAAGACAGAGAGCAAGAGGCAACGGGAUAAUGCGAUCUCGAUCCUCGGACGACUUCAUAUACUCUCGUCGACGUUGACCGAUAGCAAAUCUCGGGCAUACAUGAUCACCAAUCCUUUCGCCGCAUCCCUUCGACAAGCGCUCAUGGGUUCCCAAGAUUCACAGUCCUUUGGUGUCUUCUCCCAGAUCCCGGGGGAGAACCAAGUUUCGGUGGCCAACUUGGACGAAUAUGCGCGGCAACAGUGGGAGGGUGUCCUGGGGUACAUGGUUGGAACGAGUGCGUUCGGUGGCACACGCGACGUGAAUCUCAGCAAGGGCGUGAAGCAACUGCUCCAGGCAGGUCAUUUGGUCGAGAUCCGCGAUCGGCGCGUGGACAUUACCAAAGAUGGAUUCGGAUUCGUGCUGCAAGAUGUCAACACGCAGGUCUGGCACAUCCUGAUUCUCUACGUGGAAAGCGCGAAAGCGAUCGGCAUGGAUAGCGUGGAGGUCCUCUCUUUUCUUUUCCUGCUCAGUAGUCUUGAGCUGGGUCAAUCAUAUGAGAAGAACCACUUGACAUCCAAUCAGUUGCGGACGCUUACCGACCUAGCGGACUUCGGUAUCGUCUACCAGGAAACUCCCGAGGCCACGCGUUUCUACCCAACCCGUCUCGCAACCACCCUCACCUCCGACUCAAGCGCGCUGAGCAACCCCGUGGCCGGCUCGAUCACUGGAUCAUCUGGGCAAUCAGUUGGCGGUGGAUCAGGCUUCAUCAUUGUCGAAACGAACUAUCGACUCUACGCAUAUACCUCUUCCCCGCUGCAGAUCUCGCUCAUUUCCCUCUUCACCAAUCUCAAGUACCGCUUCCCGAACCUGGUGACCGGCAAAAUCACCCGACAGUCAGUGCGCCGAGCGAUCGAAAUGGGCAUCACAGCUGACCAGAUUAUCUCGUAUCUGAUGUCGCAUGCCCAUACUCAACUCCGCAAACACAACGCCGGCCACUCCACCACCAACACCGCCGGCAUCCCGCAGUCAAUUCUCCCGCCUACAGUCACCGAUCAAAUACGUCUCUGGCAGCUGGAGCGAGACCGUCUUCGAGCUACAGCAGGCUUCCUCUUCAAGGAUUUUACCAGCUUGGCCGAAUACCAGGCUCCUUGUCAAUAUGCGGAGGAAAUCGGUGUCCUUGUGUGGAAGUCGGACAAGAAACGGAUGUUCUUUGUCACUGGACAUGAGCAGGUUGUCGCUUUCCUGAAAAGCAGGAAUCAUUAG